AUGAAGGUCAUCACCUGUGAAAUAGCAUGGCAUAACAAGGAGCCCGUUUACAGCUUGGACUUCCAGCGUGGAGCCGAUGGGAAGAUCAAUCGACUGGCCUCAGCCGGUGUGGACACAGCUGUUCGGAUAUGGAAAGUGGAAAAAGGACCAGAUGGAAAAGCAAUUGUGGAAUUCUUGUCCAACCUCGCCCGCCAUACCAAAGCAGUAAAUGUUGUGCGCUUCUCUCCAAGUGGUGAGAUCCUAGCAUCUGGAGGAGAUGAUGCUGUUAUUUUAUUGUGGAAGCUGAAUGAUAGCAAAGAAUCAGAACCAUUAGUUUUUCAAGAUGAAGAUGAAGCUCAGCUCAACAAGGAGAACUGGACAGUUGUUAAAACUUUAAGAGGCCACUUAGAAGAUGUGUAUGAUAUUUGUUGGACCUCAGAUGGAAAUUACAUGGCAUCUGCUUCUGUAGAUAAUACAGCUAUAAUGUGGGAUGUCAAUAAAGGACAGAAGGUUUCAAUAUUAAAUGAACACAAGAGUUAUGUCCAAGGAAUAACCUGGGAUCCUCUAGCCCAGUACAUUGCAACUCUGAGUUGUGAUAGGGUCCUGCGGGUGUACAACACGCAAACCAAGCGUGUAGCAUUCAAUGUUACCAAGAUGCCAUCUGGAUCAGGAGCUGAAGGAGAGGCUAGGAGCUAUCGGAUGUUUCAUGAUGACAGCAUGAAGUCAUUUUUCCGCAGGCUCAGUUUUACUCCUGAUGGCUCCUAUUUACUCACUCCAGCUGGCUGUGUUGAAUCAGGAGAAAAUGUAACAAACACCACAUAUGUUUUCUCCAGAAACAAUCUUAAAAGGCCCGUGGGUCACCUGCCAUGUCCUGGAAAGGCAACUCUUGCUGUUCGCUGCUGCCCGGUCUACUUUGAAUUGAGACACGCAUUUAAUAAAGAUGAAAUCAGUCAGAAAUCAGCUCCUGCUCUAUUUAAUCUGCCGUAUCGAUUGGUGUUUGCUGUUGCUUCAGAAGACUCUGUGCUUUUUUAUGAUACUGAGCAGUUCUUCCCCUUUGGUUACGUUUCUAACAUACAUUAUCACACCCUGAGUGACAUUUCAUGGUCCAGCGAUGGAGCCUUUCUUGCUAUUUCUUCCACGGAUGGAUACUGUUCAUUUGUUACCUUUGAGAAGGGUGAACUGGGAAUACCACUGAAGGAGAAGCCACAGAUAAAUGUCAGGACUUCUGGUGCAACUGAGAAGAAAGUGAAAAAGAGCCAGUCACACAAAGUCAUUUCCCCAGGCUCUAGACUGACAGAGGGUACUCCUCCCAGCAGGGUCACUGAUCCCAGCACUCCAACUCUGCAACCAAAAACACCCACAGCUGCUGGUAAGGACUUGCCUUCCACAUCUGUUGGCCUAAGAAAUGUUCCAGUCUCAUCCCCAGAUGAGAGGAAAAUCAGCCAGCCAGCCAGCCAGAGCACUAAAGUAAACCAGCCCAGGAGGAUUACUCUCAACACUUUACAAGCAUGGAGCAAGACGCCAAGGAGAGUAAACUUGAUUCCACUUAAGCCAGAUAGACCAGCCUCUGCAUAUACAGAUACGGUUCCUAUACCUCCUUCCUCCGAGCAGGAAAAUGAGGGGCCAUUACCAUCUGAUGACAGUCUCCAAAAUCCCCCAGCAUCUAAACGUCCUAGAACUGAGGAAAUGUCUCUUCCUACGUCUGCUGAAGAUCAAAUCAGCUGCGAUUCAAACAAAUAA